AUGACUGUAAAGGAUGGAAGGAUCAAAGAUGAUCAAUAUACUUACAUGGUUCUGGGUUAUGGAAAAAUUGACUUGGCUCACAUGCUUUCACAAAAAUGGAAGGAGGUGGAAAGUUUAAGUUUAGAAAUAGAUGAUAAUUGGCUCCGAUUCUAUUGGCAGCAAAUGCUUGAAGCUAUUAAUACCAUACAUGAGGAGCGUAUUGUUCACUCGGAUUUGAAGCCUGCGAAUUCCCUGUUCGUCAGAGGAUCCUUGAAGCUUAUUGAUUUUGGCAUUGCAAAAGCUAUACUGAGUGAUACAACCAACAUACAACGUGAUGCUCAGAGAGGACAUGGAAGCUUACCUGAAAUUCAAAGAGGAAUUGAGAAGGAGGAGGGGUCCGCCGAAAUAAAAUCCACAAGUGCUCAAGUCAAGCUGGCCGAAACCCUAGAUCUGAAUCCCCCUUUGCUCGAAUCCAAGUGGGAAGAAGAGGAGUUGAUGGGUUUUAAAGGGGGGAGCUUUGAUUUGUUUAGAACUCUUGAGGAAGAAGAGCUCUCAAAGAACUGGAACUCAAGGGAAGAAACCGAAGUGGGGAAGAAGAAGCUGGAACUAAAAAUUUAA